CGUGUACGCGCACGCGUCACUGGUGACCGGUCAGUCAGUUUCCGGUCGUGGUAGUAUUCGGUGUGAGUAUUCAGUAGUGUUCAGUAGUAUUGCGGGAUAUUUGCGGGGAGACUUGCGGAGCGUGCAGAAAAUGUCGCACGCGUAACGCGACGGUCGCUUGUUAUGUUUGACCGUCCCGUCGCGGGUGAUCUCGGUAGUGUACCGCGUCGUCGUCGCAUCUUCGUCGCAGGAACAACCGCAGUUCAAUUCCACGGACUCCCCAACAUCUUCCUCGGCUCCCUGCUGUUACCCUCGGCGCCCACGAUUCGGUGACACGGCGUCAGUGACGUGCGCGGUCCAAAGAAGCAUGCAGUUCUACAAAGACAGGCUGCUGUCGUCCGGCCAGCUGAAACGGCUCAGCGAGCACAAGUACAGCUGUACGAGCAACAGCCUCCUCGACGGCCUCCUGCAGCCAUGGUGGGACUGGCUGGUCAGCAAGGUGCCGCUUUGGCUCGCACCCAAUCUCAUCACCGUGCUCGGCCUGAUUGUCAACAUUGUCACCACCCUGAUCCUUAUCUAUUACAGCCCUGACGCUAAGACCGAGGCACCUAGAUGGGCAUGUUUUUUAUGUGCACUUGGUCUGUUUAUAUAUCAAAGUUUGGAUGCUAUUGACGGUAAACAGGCAAGGAGAACUGGCACGUCUACACCAUUAGGCGAGUUGUUUGAUCAUGGAUGUGAUUCGAUAUCAACAGUGUUUGUAGCUUUGUCAGCAUGUAUAGCUGUACAAUUAGGAUACUAUCCAACGUGGAUGUUUUUCCAGUGUUUUUGUGCAAUGACACUUUUCUACUGUGCUCAUUGGCAAACUUAUGUUUCAGGUUCCUUGAGAUUUGGUAAAGUGGAUGUAACAGAAGCACAGUUUACAAUCAUAGGUAUUCAUCUGAUUUCUGCAAUCUUCGGUCCACAAAUCUGGAUGAUAGAGAUCCCCAUGCUCGGUGUAGGCACGUUCAAUAACUACGUAGCAUUGGUCUUUUAUGCAGGCUACGUUCAUGUGUUCCUUGAAUUCUGUAAAGUCUUUGAAUCUGGUGGGAUUGGAAAAAACGGUUCCACAAUUGCAGGGACAUCCGUUUUAUCUCCAAUUAUACCAUUUAGUUUUGUGGUAGUACCGGCUUUUAUAAUAUAUAGAAAAAGCGCCGAACAUGUUUACGAAAAUCACCCAGCUCUGUAUAUACUUGCGUUUGGAAUGGUGGCGGCCAAAGUUACGAAUAGACUAGUGGUUGCUCAUAUGACUAAAAAUGAAAUGCAAUACCUGGACAGUUCGUUAAUUGGUCCAGCUAUGCUGUUUCUUAAUCAAUAUUUCAACUUUUUCAUCAAAGAAUACUACGUUCUUUGGCUGUGUUUCAUCUGGGUCACUCUGGAUCUUUUCCGGUAUAGUGCUCAAGUGUGUCUUGAAAUAUGCGAUCACAUGAAGAUCAAGCUAUUCAGGAUACCAUGCAAUCACCACACAGGCACUAUCCAGAUCAAUGCCGCCGAGAAAAAUGUUCACAUGAUGGUGGAGGAAGAACCGCUGUUAGACGAGGAAUACCAUCACGGAUCCGACACGGCCCUCGACCUCUGAUACAUAUUAACUUUAAGCUAUUGGUUUAUCGAUACCACACGUGACCAUUGAAACAAUAACGUCGUACAAGUCUAUGGAAAUAAAGUUCGUGUCGAUCCCGCAGAAUGUCCGAUAUUGGGCAAUAUCCGCGCGACAACGAUUGCACGAGGAAUGAACUUGUGUGUCUCACCCUACAAAUGCAUGGUGUAUCUCGCAUACGUGUUCGUGUGUAGAGAAGAGAUUUGUCCUGCAUCUCCCUUUUAUAUCACAAUAUUUUGUACAUGCCGUUUCGAUAUUAUAUGUACAAUUAUAUUAGAUUCUCGACGGAAACAAAGAGCGAUUAUUGACGAUACGAUUGUACGAGCGAAGUCGCUUUUUUCUUUGUUAUGUGUGUGCUUAUCAGUGAGGCUACUUAAAAUGGCAUUACUUAAAUGGGUAUAUAGGAGAACGAGAGAAGGAUAGUCCUCAAUAUUACAAGUCUAGUUCUUCGCGCAAUGUGUGCUAUUAGCGAAAAAUAUUUGUACGUAAUUUUAUAUGUAGUAAAGUCAGAAUCAACGAAUUAUGCUUUUUGUUAGGAUCGCGUCAAAGGGGAUCCCGAGAAUCUCCAGUAAAGCCGAUAAAAUGUAUUUGGAAUAUAAACAUUGUUAAAAGUAGAUUUUCAUUAAAUAUAGAAAGCGAUAUUUUAACUUGCUAAUUUUUGAAUCGUUAGAAUACGAUUGCUCGUGACGCAGUUUCUUUCUUGCGUGCGAUAUCAGCAGAAAGGCUGUUGGCAUCUUUUAUACAGUAACAAUAAUGCAGGAAGGACAAGCAACUUCGAAUGUUUGCAGGAAAUCGUUAAAACGAUUGCUCGUGACGCAGUUUCUUUCUUGCGUGCGAUAUCAGUAGAAAAGCUGUUGGCAUUUUUUAUACAGUAACAAUAAUGUAGGAGGGAAAAGCAACUUCGAAUGUUUGUGCAGGAAAUCGUUAAAUAUAUGUAUAAGUUAGUAAGAAACGAACGAACACUACAGUAUUGCAAAUGUUGUAAUUCUUUCGCGUGUCUGUAUUUUAAUGUGUCUAUUAUUUGCACGAAAUUUUUAUUUGCAGAUUAAAUCUGUCGCAUUAAUGUUGAUUCAUUUAAUUUUCACGAACGCUAGAGAUUUAAUAUCUGUCAUGUUGGAUCAUGAUCUGCUAAUCUGUCUGAUCUGUGGUGUUCGCACAGUAUGAGAUAAUGCUGAUUCUAAGACACUUUUAUCUCAACGAAAUCACAUAAUUUAUUUAUUAUAAAGUUCAUAUGAUAUUUAAUAAAAUUUAUAUAA